AUGCAUGAAGCUAUCAUGCUAAAUCAGAAGAGGAAGCCUGAUGUAUUUGAUGAGGAUUAUUCUGUUGUAAAGGGUCCGAUAGAUUCUUAUCUUAGACGGACUCCUGAAGAAAUAGUUGGUGAGAGGAGGUAUAAAGGUUCUACCCAGACAACAAUACAAAGCAGCUUAAGAUCAAAUGCAGACAGAAAGAAAACUAAUGCAUAUGUUGCAAAAUGGUUUUAUGAAGCUGGCAUCCCAUUCAAUACUGUCAAGUUAAGGAGCUUUGAGGAGAUGGUUGAAGCCAUUGCACAGUUUGGGUCAGGAUAUAAGCCCCCUUCUUACCAUGAGUUGAGAGUGCCCUUGCUACAGGAUGAAAAAGCUCAAAUUGACUAUGUAUCUAGUGAGUCUCAAUAUGCAGCCAUGUUAUUUCAGUUGCUUGAUAGUAAAAUUGAAGAAAUUGGGGAGGAUAAUGUGGUACAAGUAGUUACAGACAAUGCAGCUAAUUAUGUUGCAACUGGUAGAAUGUUGAUGGAAAAACGGAGUAAGCUUUAUUGGACUCCUUAUGCAGCUCAUUGUUUGGACCUCAUGUUAGAGGACAUUGGCAAGUUGAAAGCUUAUAAAACAACAAUGGAGAGGGCAAAAACAAUGACAAGUUUUAUCUAUAGACAUUACAAACUUGUUGAUGCUUUGAGGAAAAAGACAAAUGGAAUAGAUCUGGUGAGGUCUGGAGUUACAAGAUUUGCUACCUCAUUCUUGACACUGCAAAGUUUGUACAAGAACAAGGAUGCCUUGAAGCAAUUAUUUGUAUCUGAUGAUUGGAAUAGUUCUAAGUUGUCCAAGACAGAGGCAGGUAAGAAAGUACUUGAGACAAUACUUGCACAAACAUUCUGGAACAAUGUACUAGAUUGCUUAAGAGCAUCUCAACCAAUUUUUGUUGUCUUGAGGUUAGUAGAUGGUGAUGAGAGGCCUGCAUUGCUUGAAGUUUAUUAG